AUGCAGCUCCUUGGGCUCCUUGGCCUUCUCUGGCUGCUUAGGGCCUCUCCGGGGGCCACAGGAACUUUAUCUAUGGCCACAUCAACUUCUAAUGAAGUCUUGCUGAGUGCAGAGACAGCAUCCAAUGGCUUUAGAAAUAUUCCAUGGUUUAAAGACAAAAUUGGGUUCCCACACAGUCCCACACAAAGUGUUGUUCCUGUGCCUGGAAGUAGCACUAAUAGGACUUAUGAAGGAUUACUGAAUUCUCCCACCAAUUCCACUGCAUCAGUUCCUUUGUCAAAAUUUGUCAUGAGAGUAGAAACCAGUCCACCUUCCACCAUCCUCUAUGUAAGCACCACUGAAUGUAUUAUGCCAACAACUUUCUUAAUCACCACAACAUAUCCUACAACCACCUGCGUAACAACGACACAAGUGACUUUCACCAGCUCUUAUACUACAACGAGAGAAACGGAGAAACCAUCUACAACAAUUACCAGUACUUAUCCCACUACAGUAGAAGCAACAUCAACUACAUCUUAUUUUACAACUUCUCCUAGCACCGUGGAAACAGUCUCCACUACAGUUACACCGUCUUCCACCAGCUCAAGCACAGGAACCACAUUAAGUAGUACCACACCAUUUGUCACAACUUUCACUAUGAGCACUACACAAGCAACGUCAGAAUCAACCAUGACUUCUCCCAUUACAACCACAAUUCCUUCGACAUCUACAUCAAGAACCACUUUUAGUACAACAAUACAAACCUCUUCAGUCACUACUACUGUAACACCAACUACCAGCAACCCAUCUACAGAAAGCACAUUUACAACAUUACUUACCACCUCACCUACAACAGAGGUGACAAGAACCAGUACUCCAAAACUCACAACAACAGAAAUGACCACAACACCUAUACUGACAAGCACUACGGCCGUCACGUCCACACACACCACGCCCACAGAGAGCACAUCCACUUUGACAAGUAUGUCCUCUCCUACAACCUCCCCUACGACGCUGGUGCCAUCCACUCCCACGACCUCGCUUACUACCAGCCUGACCACGGAGACCCCUACCACUGUCACCCCUUCACCCACAAGUACUACGGGUACG